AUGGAGGCCGCGGUCCAGGGCCUGGCCGCCAUUGUCGUCAACGCCUACCGCGGCGCUUCGGAGUCGCGCGGGGCUCGCGGCACCGCCGGCUCCGGCAGCGGCACCCGCACCCUCGUCGACGGUCUGUCUCUGUCGAUGGCGCACAACCAUUGGCUGGCGGUCAACCACCUCGACCUGCACGCCUCGUUGCCGCUGCAAGUCCCCGACCCCGAUGGGGGGCAAGGGGGGGCAGGAGGAGGGGGUGGGCCGGAGGAGGGGGAGGAGUGCAAGGCGGGUGGUCUCUGCCGGGGAUUCGAGGCACCGCCUCUGGACCCCGCAAAGCUGCACCUUCGCCUUCGCCAGCCUUGUGCCGUCCCCGCCCAAGAGCACCCGUCCAUGGACCUCGGCCCGCGGGCGGGUGACAUCGUCGCUUCGGUGGAGGACCUCGUCUUCGCCGCCGCGUCCGCCAUGGUCUUCCUGGGCCCGAACCCCCCCCCUACGCCUUCGGCGGAGCCCCCUCCAGAGGCCGAGCAGGUAGGGCCGCCCGCAGAUCCGUCCUCGGGGGCGGAGGGCGGCGGCGGCGGCGAGGUGCCUCUCGAGGCGGGAACAACGAGUGCCGUCGGAGCGGGAGGAGGGGCAAGAAAGGCUGACGAACACGAUCGCGCGGUGGCAGAGUACACCACCGGUUUUGCCUCGCCUUCGUCGACUUCGCCGGUCUUGAGACCCGCGUUUGCCGAUGGCGGCGGCAGCGGCGGCGUUGGUGCUUUGGUCACGGGAGGCUCCGCAGGAGCAGGAGCGGCGGCGGCGACUGGGGUGCCGCCUGGGCGAGAAGAGGAUGGCGAUAAAGGCCGGAGCGGCAAUGUGUCGGAGUUUCGUUCGAUCAGCCCCCCUACCGACGCGCUGUGGAUGCCUGCGACGUCUCCCGGGCGGAACCUGCUACACUCCCCUAUCCUGGGAGACGAACCCAUGACCGAGCUCGCCCAAGGGGAAGAGAGUGGCGCCGCAUUCUUCGGCGCCGCUGCCGCCGGUGGUGGCGGCGGCGGCGGCGCGCCAGCGGGUGGGGGAGGGCAGGCGCAGCAGCAAUUGCGCAUGUCGGGCCUGCUGAAGAGCAAGAUGUCGGCGUUACCUUCUCUGGCCGGGUUCGGGAUGGGGGGCGGCGAUCACUCGGACUCAGACGACGAGAGCACAGGAGAGGUCGGCACCUCGGGGAGGCGGUUCUUCGGCCGGAAGCGCCGAAGCACGGACGCCUCCCUGUCCUUCGUCGAGCGAGGGCAACAGCAACAGCAGCAGCCGAACACGGAGGGCCGCCUGCGACGGAUGAGCAACGUCAUCUCCCGCCGCCCGCGCAACUCUUCGCUUCCCUUGGCCUCCACUACGGAGGGCGAAGCCAUGGAAGACGGCAGUGUCCGGGGCCGUGCCGCAACGGCGGCGGCCUUGCCGUCAGCGAAACCGGCGUGGGUCUCGAGGGAACGGGGGGAUGAGGUCGAGGUGGAGACUCGCGGCGCGGCGGCAGCGGCGGCGGCAGGUGAGCCCAGGGGCAGAGACGAUCCUCCCGUGGAGACCAACGAGGACGAGAAGGAGCCGCUGCCGCCCUUCACAAUGGCUCUCGCGGUGAUGCUGACGGGGCUGCGGGUGCUCAUCGUUGACCAGGUGCUCGGGCUGCACCUUCCCGUGAUGAAGCUCUGCCUCGCCAGCGUGUCCUGCGUCAUCGAGAACCGUCUCGAGAGCGAGGACAACGAGCUAGAGCGCCGCCUGCUUCGGGGACGGAGGCCGUCAUCGUCAUCGUCAUCGUCAUCGUCAUCAUCCGCCCGACACGGCCGCGGCGAAGCCGCCCCGCCGGACGUUCGCCCCGCCUCGUCCGCUCCAGCCCGAGCAAUGCCGGCGGGAUCGGCGACGGUGCCGACGGCCGGUUUUGAGACGACUGCGACGACGACGCCCGCUGUAGGCCAAGACCUCCCGCUUUCACACACUUGGCACGGCACCCGCGCCGCGGCCACCGCCAAGACUCGGAGCGAUCCCGAACGGGGGGAUGGUGCUGGUCAGGCAGGAGGAGGAGGAGGAGGAGGAGGGGUCUCGAGCCGCUUGGGCGUGCACACCGGCAGCCGAACGAACCUGCUCAAGGCCUCUCGGCGAUGGGGGGGGACGAGUUCUGUCUCCAGGGUGCAGCUGGACGGCGAUGCACUGCAUACGGUCGGUGAGGACGCGCCGGCGGGCUCAGAGACGAGCGGGUUGUCUACGACAACGGCGGUGGCGGCGGUGUCUGGCGCCGGCGGGGGUGCUACGGCAGGGGGGGGGUCUGCGUCACACCCCAGAGUCAACGGCGUGAGCAAGGCGGCGGAGGGAGAAGCGGCGGACCCGCGCGCGGCGGUCAUGAACGUGACGGUUCAGACGCGGCUGUGGGCGGAGUACUUCAACAACACGCUACGAUGCUGGGAAGCACUGCUCGAUCCUUUCAGGUGCGACGUCCUCGCUGAGAGCUCCACGCGGCGUGGCGCAGGCCUCAUGGUCAAGGCGCGCUGCCCACUCCACGUGAACGUCACCGCGGCCCUGCUGGACACGCUCAGCGACAUGCAGGAGCAGAUGACCCGGAUCUUCAACGAGCUCGACGCCGAGAGCUUUCGCGGCCGGGUCGAGAUCUUGCGCGUCGCCCAGACGGCGCCGGGAAGCGACGACGCCGAGGACUCCUCCUCGUUCCCUGCCGCCCCUACGCCGUCGUCCGCGGCGGGCGGCGGCAAGGGCAAGGAGCCACCGCCCGGCAGUCAGGACAGCGCUGUCUCGCGCUACCGCCACAGGGAGGUGCUGCAGUACGACGAUGUGUUUGUCACCGCCUGGCCCGCGGACGAGUCGGUGGUGCCUGAGCGGCAGUCCAGCCUGGGCAGCGACGGUGCCGGCGGUGCCGGCGGCAAGGUGGGAGCGUCGGGGCCGCUAAACAUGCCGCGGUUUCCCGUGUGCCACGAGUUCUACGCGCCGCUGGCCCUCGAGUCUCGCAUGUCGUUCACGAUCCUCAACCUGACCGGGCAGAGGAUGAGGUACUUCCAGCCCCGGGCGGGAGAGGAGACUCGCCGUCUCCAGUACCUCAGAGUGAGAGUCGACGGCGAGAGAGGGGUUCUUCUGUUCACCGCCACCAUGACGGUCGUGCGGAACGGGCGGGUCCAAGAGGUGCCGUUCGACAUGCAGACGGAGGCGUUAGGCCUGGGGGAUCGUCGCGGCGCCACUCUGCCUACCGUUGCCGCAAGAGAGGCGGGAGGAGGCCCAAAGGGACAACGAGCGGGCGGCUCUCACACGGUGGCGGUCCAGGUUUCAGGGUACCGCUGGAUGCCCGAGGUGUGCGCCGACAACCUUGGAACGCGAGCGAUCCCCUUGCGCGCGCUCCUGGGGAGGGUCGACGCGAGGCGCGUGUGCCCGGAUCCCGGAGUGGCGGCGGCGCUGUCGCUGGUGGCGGACGUCCACCACCUCAACGGCGGCCGGCAGGUCACUCUACGCUCCGUCUUCCGGCUUCAGGGGGGCAAUGGGGGAUCCGGGAAUUCUUCGGGGGUGGGAGCGGGUGGCCCCGCGGGCGGGGUCGGGGCGGAGGGGGAUGUGACCCUGGUGGAACCCGGAAAGGUGUUUCACCUGCCCAUCCUGCUGCUGCAGCAAGCGCUGGAGCUGGAAAGGGGCACGGGGCUGGGAAACAUGUGGCUGCGUCCCGCCGCGACAGUCCCGUUCAUGUCGCUGCCGCACCUCGAAACAGGCGAGUAG